AAUAAUUUUAUUUCAUCAGCAAAAAUAAGCCGAAGUUAUUAAUGCGUAAAUUGUAAAAAAUAAAAAUAAAAAUAAAAUAAAAAAGAGUAAAUUAAUUUGGAUCUGAGAGUCUGGUUUCUUCUCAUCACACUCAUCACGAUCUUCCUCCUUCCAUUUCGCCAUUGAAGCUCAAGCUGAAGAACACUAUCGAGGAGAGAGAAAAUCCAUGGAGUCGUUAUCCCUAUCAUCAUCCUCAAACCUAGACGACAAUGGCGAAGAAGUCGCAGGUCUCAUUCCUCUCGCUUCAAUCUCCCAGCAACCUUACGUUUCUGAGCUCCUCUCUUUCACUCUUGAUCGUCUUCACAAGGAACCGGAGCUUCUUCGAGUUGAUGCGGAGAGGAUUCGCCGGCAGAUGCAGGAAGUUGCCGUCGCGAAUUAUCGCUCUUUUAUAUCUGCUGCUGAUGCUUUGGUUUCGAUUAGGGAAGAGGUUUCUUCAAUUGAUAAUCAUCUUGAAUCACUGAUUGAUGAAGUCCCUAAGCUGACAUCUGGUUGCACAGAGUUCAUUGAGUCAGCUGAACAGAUUCUGGAGAAGAGGAAAAUGAACCAAACAUUGCUGGAAAAUCACAGCACUUUGCUUGACUUGCUUGAAAUUCCUCAGCUUAUGGACACAUGUGUUAGGAAUGGAAAUUAUGAUGAAGCUCUUGACUUGGAAGCUUUUGUUAGUAAGCUUUGCACCAUGCACCCAAAGAUCCCUGUCAUCCAGGCUUUGGCUGCUGAGGUUAAGCAAACAACUCAAUCUCUGCUUUCACAGCUUCUUCAGAAGCUCAGAUCAAAUAUUCAGUUGCCAGAAUGUCUUCGUAUCAUUGGAUAUUUACGUCGGAUUGGUGUCUUCAGUGAAUACGAAAUGCGCUUGCAGUUCUUGAGAUGUAGAGAGGCAUGGAUCACUGGAACCCUUGAUGAUUUAGACCAAAGAAAUCCGUAUGAAUACUUGAGAGGGAUGGUUAACUGUCACAGGAUGCAUUUAUUUGAUGUUGUCAACCAAUACCGAGCGAUAUUUGCUGAUGACACGUCUGGAAGUGAAGAAAACUAUGAUGGUGGGCUUUUGUUCAGCUGGGCUAUGCAUCAAAUUACAUCUCACCUUAGAACGCUUAAGGUCAUGCUUCCCAAAAUAACUGAAGGAGGAUCUUUAUCAAACAUUCUCGAUCAGUGCAUGCACUGGGCGAUGGGACUUGGUUGGGUCGGACUGGAUUAUCGAGGUCUUCUUCCAUCACUAUUUGAAGAGGCUGUUCUCAACUUAUUUUCAAAGAAUGUUGCUACUGCUGUUGAGAAUUUUCAGCUUGUCCUGGAUUCACAUCGUUGGGUACCUCUUCCAGCAGUUGGGUAUUCAGGCAGUACCGCCAGUGAAGAAAGUCAAGAGGAUGUGACCCCACCUUCAUAUUUGAUGGAGCAUCCGCCCCUUGCUGUAUUUAUAAAUGGUGUGUCAGCAGCAAUGAAUGAGUUACGUCCGUGUGCUCCAGUAAGCUUGAAACAUAUUCUUGCGCAGGAAUUAGUGAAGGGACUGAAAGCUGUUCAUAAUUCAUUGUUGAGAUAUAACGAAGCACGGAUGCUUAGAAAUAAUGAAUCCACUCUUUUCUUCUCACUUUGUCGCGCAUUCAUGGAGGUUGUCUUUCCUCAUUGUGCAACUUGCUUUGGUCGUUGUUACCCUGGUGGUGCUGCCCUUAUUACGGAUGCCAAGGGUUCAUUUGAUGGGUUAAGCCGUUUGUUAUCCGUAUCGUCAUCAUCAAGAGAGAUUCCUAGGCGAACACAAAGUACAGAUAUACAAAACAUAUCAGAAAAUGGGAGUUCAUCUAUUGUAGAAAAUGGGAUUGUCCCUGAAAGUGAGCAGAAAGAGGAUACAAAUGUAGUUGAAGACGAGGAGAAGAGUGAAGACUCGAAGGUUGAUGGGAGUUUGGUGACUCAUGAUAGCAAUGCAGAAUGAUUCCUCUAAGAUAUAAUUGAUGUCUUGGAAGAUGGUUCACGUUAUCAAAAAUUUAUGUCUCUGGUCAGAUUUGGAUUUUUUUCUUCAUCACGAGGAAGAAAUAGCUUGAGUGGCCAAUUCAUUUACGGAUAAACAAGGGGGUAAGUAAUAGAAAAUUGAGAAUUCGUAUGUGAGCAGUCACAUAUAUUGUGGAAACACAUUAUAUAGGGAAAGGGAAUAGGAUUACAAAAUUGGGUAUACUUAUGUUUUGUAUGUUUUCAGGAGCAGCAUUUCAGAAAAUAUCAUUGUACAUUUUUUUUUUUGGCAUGGGUGAACUUAACCAAAUGUACAUUUGAGGCGUUAAAAAAAAUGUACAUUUGAGGCCAUCGAGGAUUUGGUAUGAUUGUGUAACAUAUUUUGCUCCCUGCAUCUUAUUGACAGACCUGGUUCGACGAGUGUUAUUAUGUAGAGUAGGAGAAGGCAGAACAUAUGUAUCAAACUAUCAGUCAUAAUUACAUAAGAUUAUUGGCCAUUUUCAUUUCUUUUAUUUCAAUGGAGCUAUCUGAGAAUCUUUUUCUUAUGAA